GAAUCAUGAUAAGAGCUUCUUUAAAUCCCCCACUACCCAUACAUUAUUGUUCCCUCUUCUCAACCGUUUGAAAGAUUAGAGCAGCCAGUAUGGCGGAACCCUUUGUAUCAAUCAGGAAAUACAUUAAAUGGGGAGAGAGAGCAGCAGAAGAGAAUACAAACACUCUUGUUCUAACAUCUGCCGAUAAACACUAUGUAGACAUACGAAUCCUUGACCCAUCUCAUCCACCCCCAAACAGCACCUCCGACCCUCAAGCAAUAUUGAGGCUGGAGUGGGGUUUCGCGGGCACUGCAAUCAGCACUCCCGCAGUAUUCAAAGAUGGUGAUAAAAGCAUAUUGAUUAAACCGGCACAUACACAGUGGGUUCAUGAAAUAGAUAAUAAGAUACGGAAUCCUGGACCGAAUGAUCGUGAUGAAGGCUACAUGUACCCUGUGGAGGGCACAAACGAAGUUUUGGAAAAGGGUGCCAUGGUGAAUCCAGACACCGGGAAAGUGGAAGACUAUGAAGAAUUAUGGGAGGAUCUCGAGGUUGGAAUGACGGAAGGGGAGAAGAAUGAUUAUUUUGUGAGUUGGGUGCUGAAGACGAAAGAUGCUGGUGAAGUAAACGGAAUGGUAAUUAGAAUUGGCGAGUGGGUACAGGGGGUCAUGAGAAAGGGGGAUGACUUCUCAGUUAUUGGGUGGAAAUGGACUAUCGAAGAGGGGUGGAAAAGAGUGUUGGCAAUUGGUGAAGAUUUUGGGCUAGAUAGCAGGGUCUUUGGGAAAGAGAUAUCUGUGGGUGAUAGCAUUAAGGUCGAUAGCGGCGUGGAGUGGGAAUUCAAAAGCUGUCACAAGCACAGAAAGUAAGCAAGGGAGCCGGAGAGCCAAGUAGUCAAUUUCGAAUCUUUUCGACUAAUAUUAUGAUUCCCAUGGAAGAAUGGUAUUUCAUUUUGCCCUCUGAUUGUGGCCAAUGAGCUACUA